AUUACGAAAACACAAGCGCAUAAAUGUCUCUCCGGGAUAAUUUCUUGAGAAAUGACUUCCACAAAUGAUGGAAAAGACGUGAAAAGUAAUCAAACAAGUGGCCAAAAAGGCAAGACAUAUUAUAUUGAACUUUACAAGUCAUUGGAGGCGCGGCUGAGCGGCGAGUGCGCGAGCGGGGAGCGCGCCCAGCACGUGUGCGAGGCGUGGCGCCGCGUGCACUGCCUGUGCCUGCACUCCGCGCCCUCCACUCACCCUCACCUGCUGUCCUGGCUGCAGCGACAUACCUCGCAUACUAUACUACAGACUGAAUGGCAGUCACCUAAGAGUACAGAACAGCACACAUGGCUUCAAGAUGCAAUCAACGAAUUCAUCAAGGAGUGUCAAGAGGCUAUCUCCAGGAGGGAAGGAGUUGCCCAAGCGUGGGAGACCCAGCUGCUUCAGCGGGCAUGCUGGUUCCUCUCUGUGCUGCCGAACCCCUGGGGCCACCCUGUGUUGAAGGCUUUGCUGGACUCGCGAGGGCCGCAGCCGCAUGACAGGGAGGUGCUAGAAUGGCUGAAGGAGGAGCGGGGUGUGAUGUUCGUGACGCGGUUGCGGCAGCUUGCGGCGUCCAAGUGCGACGACCUGGCGCUGCUGCUGGCCUCCGCCGUCAUGGACCGCGCGCGUCACACCAACCGCAUCGUAGCAGAUGCGGACCAGGCGGAGGAAACACCCCAAGCAGAUAAACCAGAAGUGCCCAACAAUGAGCUGACCUUCUUCAACAUACUCCGCAAGGAGGCUGGCUUCACAACAGACAUAUGGGAGCUUCUCACAGACAUUGAAUUUGUGUUACUUUACAAGGGCGAGUCGCGUGCGCGUUGCAUUGAUCUGGCCAAGCAAACACCGCUGCGCAAUGGGUACAAACUCGUCGAACGACUGCACAACCGACUCGAAAAUUCGCCCCAAGAGAAAAAACUGUGGAAAAACGCCAAAGACGUGGCCACACUUGUAGCACAGGUGGUGAUAGCCCGAUGUAUGGUAGUACCCAACUGCAUUGGCGUGGCCCGCGCGGCGCUAUACGGCUGCGUUUAUUCGCUGGUACAGUUGUUGCCUGCGGAAAAACUGCCCACCGCAGCCGCAGCGCUCGCCGCACCCGCCGCUACGUCGCGGCAUCUGCAUACACUGGCUGCCGCUGUGCACGCGCUGUGUAAAGAUGAGCGCAAGCCAUUCGUAUGCUCUCUGUACGUCCGCGCGAUCACUGCCGGCAUGAACGAAUUGGAAAAACUCAAAUUGGAGACUGAAAAGGCAUCGGAAGCACGUGGAAUAGAGCAAACACUGGCGUCGUGGUUCAUUCAACUCGGCACCUUACUAUCCGCCAGUUCGCGACUGAGCUGCGAAUGCACCUUGACCGCUUUCUCAGUCCACCCCUCGCCCACCAUGUACGAACGAGUCAAGAGGGCGCCACCAUUGGCACCUCUUAUCAUGCCAGACGUCCAAGAACAGGAUAUGGAGACAAAUACAGAGUAUGGAAGCUGGGCCACUGACAGCCGAACACAGACCAACUUAGUCAAAACCUCCGAAACCUUGAAGCUCAAGCAAACUCAGAAACAAGCCAAUGUCCUGUCCACCGCCAUCUUUGCCGAGGGCGAAGGCCUAGGGCUCGAAGCGGACCUGUGCCAAGAUUUAGCUGUACUACUCUCUGGGCCACGGGUCAAGACUCUGUACUGGGAUAUGGAUAGGGAAACACUCCUAGAAAACUGCCGGACGUACAUGGAACGGACACACGGAGGCACCCGCGCCCUCACCACCGAGCUGAAAUACCUCAAUUUGGACCCCAACUCCUUCCGGCACCUACCUGAGGAAGAAGAUGAAGACGAGAAUGACAUCUAUUACGGAAUCGAGAAAGGCUAUGAACACUUGGUGGAAUUUGAAGAACCAGCACCAGAAGAUAUAAUUUGUGACAAUAUAAUGUCAUAUUAUUCAGAUACCACUGAAACAGCCUCUUGCGAUUCGGAGCACUCCAUAAUUAUAACGAAAAGGAAGAAAAAGAAAAACAAAAGGCCACAAACACCCACUGAGGAGGAAGUCGAUCCUCUAAGUCUUGUUUCUGAUACAUUAAGUGAUAAAAAAGAGAGACCACAUAGUAAGGAGAGAAGUAAACAUAAAAAUAAAGAAAGUAGGAAAACCAAGUUAAAAAUAGACCAUAAUAUAAAGGAUCAUGACGAACAAAUUGGGAUCUCUGACAUAAUUACAAAAGAGAUACAAAAAAAAGCUAAGAAAAAAGAACAGAGGGAGCGUAAAAAGAAGGAGAAAUUGGAUGCGUCCAAUAUCAAUAUAAAAGAUAAGAAUUUCCAGUCUUCAAGCAAUUUAUCAAAGCAAUUUUUAUGCCAACAAGACAUGAAAAUUGCAAAACCAAAUAUCAGUGAAAUAGAAAGGGGAAACACUAGCUCAAAUAUAAAAAGUAAUAUGUGCAUUACCGAUAGUGACUACGACAGUCAAGGAAAAUCAUCUAUUAACUCGGAAUAUAAUGAAAAUGCUCUUAAUGAUGCUUUAACGGAUGCUCUUUGCUCAAUGGACGAACUGAAAUCGGUUGAGGAAACACCGACAAGUUAUUCACAAAGAACUGGUUUUCCUCCGUGUUCUUACUCACCUGAUACUGUUAGUUCUGUUACAGGAGUGAAGAAAAGCAUACAAAGGCUCAUUGACUAUAGGCGACAUAAAGUAUUCAAUGAUAAUUCAGUAAGGCAGGAUCCACCCGAAAAUCAAAGCCCUAAUUUUAGUAUAGACCAUGAUUUAUUAAAAAAUAGAAAACCCCAGAACAUAAAUUCCUCUGUAAUUAAUUCUAAAGCUGUUAAUUUUCUCAACACUUCUCAUUCGUCCGUAAACAUACCAGUUAAACAACAAAAGGUUGUAAAAAAUAAAUCUACUAACGUUUUUAUGGGUAAUAAUAAUAAUGCAGGAAAUGUUACUAGUGAAAUGAAAACAUUAAAUCUAUCCUGUCAAAUGGAUAACGAUAGGUCACAUCUCUCAGCCAGUGAGAAAUUAAUAAAGAAAGGAAUACCCAAAAUUUUGAAAUCUAAACAACCACCACAAGUAAGAAAACACGCUGUAAACAAGCUUUCUGAAUCUCCGAGUCAAAAGCAGUACCAAGAAUUUCUAUUACAGAGAAAAUAUGAUGAUAUGCAAGACCAAGUACAUCCAGCUGAGUCAAAAGGGCAAUUACAAUUUCAGGAAUUCCUUAAGAAGCAAUAUCUACAAUCUACUGAGCUGCCUGUACCACCAUCCAGAACACAAGAUCUUCCAAGACAACUACCUUCUCAAAUUAACACAACUGUAACACCUAGUCAAAAACAAUUUCAUAGUUUCUUAAAAAAUUUACAAGUGACUAUAAAUGCUGGAACCACCAACAAUGUGCAAGAUUCAAAAUCCUUACCAACGCAUGACAAGACUACCACUAAAAAAUUAAUUCAAAACAAAAAAGUUGACAACGCAGGUAACACUUAUGCACGACUAAGUUACAUGCAUAAGAAUAAACACUAUGAAAGUAAGGUCAAAUCAGCAAAUAAUCCUGUAAUCCAAAAUAAACCUCUGGUAAAUGUUACGACUGACCAAAUUCGACACAUAAGGGAUAUUGAUGUUGAAAAAGUUUCUCACUUGCAAGCUACAGGGGAAAUUGUAUUAGCGAAAAUUGAUAAACCCGAAAGCAAAAUAUGUGCAGUUGAAAAGACUAAAGUUCUAGUGCAGAAUAUAGAAAAUAUUAGUGGAUAUGCUUUAAAUAACCCAGUUUUAUCAAAUAUGUUGUCGUCAGAUAAAAAGAUAAUGGACUUUACAGAACCAGGGAAAAAUGAUAUUAAAUUUAUAAGACAAUCUAGUAAUAAACCUAAAAAUUCUACAUCACUUCUAUCUGAGAAAGAUCAACUUGAUCUACUGUCGUUACUAAGGCAACAGAAUAAGCUGAACCCACCUAAGAUGCCAGUUAAGACUGAAUUUCUGAAUAAACCAAGUGGUAUGUUAAUAAAUAGCACUUCCUACUGCGUUAACUCUGAAAGGCAGGUGUUAGAUCUUCGAAACAAACCAAUAUUAGUAGAAGAAGCGAAGUCAACGUCCUGUCCAACGUCUGUAAUAAAAGUUGCAAAUAAUAAGUCAUUAAAUAACGGAUCUGAACCAAAAAAGAAUCGAGUUAAAAGUUCUAAACAAAAAGUAAAGAUUGAAUCAGAUUGGAAAAGCGUGAUGAAUGAUAUCUUGGCACAUAAAACUCCAAGUAUGAUAGGGCCAAAUGCUCUCGAUAUUGUACUUAAAAAAGAUUCAUUUGAAAAAAGGUCUUCUGAAAGCUUAAAUAGCGCGAAUAAUAGAACAGUUAUUACCAGUUCUAAAAAUCCAAACAAUGUCACCAAUAAUGAUAUUGCAAAGCAUUGUACUCCGAAUACUCAUAUUAAAGCUUCAACGAGCAGAGACAGUUCGAUUAUUUUAAAACCACACACACAUUCAGCGGAUUUGAAAGUAAAUCAGAAUAAAGUACAAUUUACCAAUAAAAUCGGCACCGUUGAAAACGUAAAAAAGGGGCCAUUACAUAUCGAAAAUGAGCAUUUUACAAGUGUAAUCCAAAAUAGUAACGACCCAUUUAUAUCAGGCAUACCCAAUUCUGACUAUGAUUUAUUAGAAGAAUUAAUGGAUGAUGACUUACGCCAGGAAAUUGGAGAGCUAUCGUCGGAUGAAGAAACCUAUCGUACACCCAAUUUAAGUACUUCUAAAAUAAAAAAUAACCAUCAUGCAAAAGAAUGUAAUCUACCGAUUAAUAAAGCAAAUGUGGUAGCUGCUGCUAACCCUUUUAACUAUAGUUCAAUAUCUAGCUCUGAUUCAGUCAGGAAAUCUUGUAAUACGAAUUAUCCCAUGCUCAAAAAAGAUUUAUGUUUGAAAAAUAACAGUCUUCCAAAAACAAUUAUUCAGAAGAAUUCGGACUCCAAAGAAGUCAAUUUAAAGCCGCAGAUAAUUUCUAAUGAACUAAUAACCAGCUCAACGUUUGCUGAAAAAUCAUAUCGUAGCGGAAAAUUGUGUAAAAAUGCUUCCAAUAAGAUCCUGGAAGCAGUUGCGCCUAACAAUAAAUUGUGUAAAGAUGAAGUUUCUCACGUUAAGAAAAAUCCUCUUAUGACAACGUCCAAAACGAAAAACCAGCAUUCAAAUAAAAUGUCUGUUAAUAUUUGUUGUGAUUCUAAACCACCAAAGACAGUGGAUAAUACCAAAAUGCUUAUAAAUGAUGUUCCUGAAGCUCACAAAAGUCAAAAUCCUGCACAAGUAUUACUAACUCUACCCCAAAGAAAUACACAACCACAGAAUGUAAUGCUUAUUGGUAGUACUGAUUUAAUUUAUGAUCCAUUUACUAUGAUACACAUAACUCAGUCAACAGACUUGAACAGGAAUACUUACGUUGCUGUUAAUCAAGCGCCAAUGAACGUAGCUUUAUUGCAAUCGACGCCAUUUGUUGGUCCCGUUUUGAGCCCCGUGAUUAUUGAAAAUACUGUAACGUUGCCAGUUAUUCAGAAAGUUACACCAAACAUUUCCAUGAAUUUAACAUCACCCAACUCUAAGAAACAUGAAACUGGCCCAGUUUGUAAAGAUUAUCAGCAGUUAAACAUAAUAAAGACUGAAUCUAUUCAAUCAAAAACAUCAAAUGCAGUACAUGAAACAAUUUGUCCGUCAAAUAAAGAUGAUUUUGAAGAAUUAAAAUGCAAAGCUACCGUCAGUAGAUUGUCAGCAGUAGAUUCUAAUAUGGCGACUUCAACACCGACUGUUAUAAGUAAUAGAAUAGCAGAAGAUUUGGUACAACAUAAUUCAUCAAUUUCGAACAUGAUACCUGAAGUUACUGAGUCAUUUUAUAAAAAGUUAAGUAAGCAAAGUCACCCAGAAAUAAUUCAGGAUCUUCAUUUAGAUACAAAGUCUGCUAGUCAAGUCCAAGAAGAUAUAAAAGAUCUCGUAUAUGAAAGCACUGAUACAAAUACAUUUAAAUGUAAAACGGUACCUCUUGACAACAAAACUGAUGUCAUAAUAGACCAAGACAGAAUAAAAAGGAAACGUUUGUUAAUAUUAAAUAAAUUAGAAAACCUUAAGAAUAGUACUCAAAAGAAACCCAUUGCUCUACCUUAUGCUCCAAUUAAAUCGUCUAAGGAAUACGACAAAAACCAAGAACAGAUAUUAACAAAUGAGAAGAAAAGUAAACUUGAUAUUAGAAUAGGGCGAAAGAUAUCAAGUAAAGUAGACUCGUACCAGAAACAAAGCCUUCCUGUAAAAGUAGAUCGAGCUAAUCGUAGUUCUGCGAGACUUACAGCUCUUAGGGGCGUACCGGUCACUUUUAAAGAUGAUGGUAUACAAAAUUCUGUAGAAAAGAAAUGUUUGACCAGGAAUAUAAAUGAACCUAAUAUAUCGAAGAAUUUAAGCAAUUCCAAAUCAGAUAAUUCUUACACUGUAAAAAUCAAAGCUGCACAUUAUACAGGAAAUGUCGAAUUUGUAAAACCAAACAAUGAAAUUAAUCAAAGUCAUAAAGAGAAACCAAUUUUCAAGGAAAAUAUUGAAGAGAAAAUCAAAAGUGCUAAUAAUUUAAAUUUGGUUCAUAAUGAUAAACUUAUUGUGAAAGCUAGUGAAAAUGACAUACAAAUGAAAUCCGUAGAAACCCAAACUAUUGGUGGAGUAAAAAAGUCUUGUCAAAAAAGAGAUAAUAGUAUUUGUAAAGAAAAUAACAGUAGAUCCGAAUUGCUAACCCGUGAAUGUAUAUCUAGUGAAAGUGGUAAAGAAGUACUAAUUAGCGGUGGUACCAAAAUAAAUAAUAAAUGUACACAGCGAGAGCUAGCAGUCCACGAAAAUAAAGACGUUACUCCGAAAAUUACGCCACAAAAUGAAAUAAAGGUUUACAAAGAAGUUAUAAAGAAAACGGUAUCAAAUAACAACUCCAGCACAGAAAAAGUUCUAGCAGAUUCUGUACACAUAAAGUGUGUUGAUAUAGAAGAACAACUUAAACCGAUUAGGAUUAAAAGCACAAUUAAGAAAUUAACUGAAUUGUGUAAAGAUAAUAUUGCUAUGGUUGGUGACAAUAAAACGAAGCACGAUCAAAAAACUUGUCCGCUAAUACCUCCGGUUAUGAUUAAAAGUACGAUUAAAAAAUCUGAUGAACUUGGUAAACAUAAAAAUAUUUCUUUGGUAAGUGACAUUAAUGCGAUGCGUGAUGAAAAAGCUAUGCCGCUUAUAUCUCCGGUUUUAAUUGAAAAAUCGGAUGGAUUUUGUAAAUCUAAUAUUCCUUUGGUUGGUGACGAUAGUACAACGCAUGAUAAAAAAGCUUCUCCGCUAAUAUCUCCGGCUAUGAUUACAAGCACUAUUAAAAAACCAGAUGAGUUCUGUAUAGAUAACAUUUCUGUGGUGGGUGACGAAAAUACGACGCAUGUUCAAAAAAUAUCUCAAAGCAGUGCAAUAAAAAAACCAGAUGAGUUGUCCGCGGCUAAGAAUAUUAGUUUGUUUGAAAAAACCGUAAGGUCACAUGAAAAUAAGGUGCAGUGUCCAAUUUCCCAGAAUAUUAGUGUAAAAGAUGCGAAUAAUGAUUUGAUCAAAUCGACAGUGCAACUAAAACCAACUGUUACAAGUAACAUUCCAAAAACAGUUAAGGAAAUUCUUGGCACUGAUAAACUGAAUGGAAAUACAGGGAUACAAAGAGAACGAGCAAAUAAAAGCAAUAGUACGAUGAAAAAUGUUAAUAACACUCAACCAGAAAUUUCGCAACACAGAAAAGUGUUCAAAGAUGUACACAAUAACGGAGGUUCUCAAAAUUUGGAAAAUGGACCAUGUAAAUCGAAGAGUUUUGACUUACCGGAUGCUAAAAUAAUGUAUGAGGAUUUACCGAAUUCAAGUAAUGGUCCACAAAAAAAAUGUGUUCGUAUUAAACUUCCAAAUGGUAAUACUUUUAAAGCAACGAUCUCUGGAAAGUUAAACGUCAAUAUCGAUUCUAUAUUUGAUGAUCCAACCGUCAAAUCUUUGUUGUGGAAAAAUAUCAAUAAUAACACGAAGUGCACAUUAAAUAUAAAACAAGUGCCUAUACAAAAUAAAAAAGACGGGUCGAUUUUGAGAACUGAAGUCAAGGACAUAUUUUUUCCAACAUCAACAGAAACUAUCAACUUAAUUAGCGACGAUGAAGAAGAUACCAGCCCUCGAAACUUUAAGACAGAAUUUGGUACUUUCAACAUUACAUCAAUGGAUCCAAGUGUACAUGUGAAACAUCAAAAAAAGUUAGCUCAGAAGUCUUUUGUGCUUUUAGAAAGAUGUGAUGCUCUGCAAGAAGCUGUUCCAAUAGGUCAAGCAAAUAUUAACUCAAAUGAGCCAGAUAAAAUUAAUAUGCCAACUGAAAAACUAGUAUCAACUUCUAAAGAAACUGUUGCAGAUUAUAUAGAAAUAGAUGAUUCGUCAAAUGAUAGUAUCUCAGUAAUAUCUUCGACGACAAAUUCAAAUACAAAUAAUAACACGACUCUUUGUAGUGAUAAAGUUCACGAGCUAAAAAAUUUACUACUAAAAGAUCUUGGUGUAGAACUUACCAACGAUAAGAUCCAAGAAGUUACGCCUAAUAUAACAAAAGGAAUCACGAAAAAUGUGGGAGAAAUUAAAAAUGCCAAUGACAUUCAAAUAGAAUCGCUAACUGUAUUUAAUGAAAUAAAGAAAAAUAUUGAAGUUAAUAUUACCUCUGAUAUUCAAUUAGAAACGCUAAAUAUAAUUAGUGACAGUCAUAAAACUAUUGAAACAGUUAGUGAAAGCACUGACCUUCAAAAAGAAAGGAUUAAUAUUACAAAUGAAAUCAUAAAUAUUGAAGAUGAUAAUGUGACAGAAGAUAAUACAAUAGAAGGUAAUAUGACAGAGGAUAAAGAAGAUAUAUCAGUUCGGCACAUAGAAAAUAAUACGAAACAAUUAAUUUUAAAGUUAAAGAAAUGUGACGACCUCGUUGAAAAAUUGAGGAUUAAAAAACAAAAAUGUUUUGUCAGUUUAAUAAGAUGCGACGACACUUCAAAAGUUAUUGAAAAGAAAAAAGACUUAUGUACUUAUAAUAAAGGCAUUGAAGAUGCACUAGAUGACGUUUUAUGCUUACGAGAUGAGAUAACUGAAACAACAUUAAAACGAAGUAACUCUGAAUCAAUUUUAAAUGAUUUAGAUAAUACUGUUACUAUUGUUGAUCUUUCAUCAUCAACACAUAAUGAAGAAUCCUCUGCUCCAAUGUCGCCAUCACUGAUUGACAACUUUGAAACUCCUUUAAUCCUAACCGAAAAUCGUAUAAAAGAUUCUGAUGUUUUAUACGGAUUAUCCACUAAAAUAUGUGAUGCUGAUUGGGGCAUGACCAAACCGUUCUUAAAUAAAUAUAACAGUUUUGAUAAUAAUGACCAAGUGUUGUUAGAAAGAUUCGAGGUAUAUGAAAAAGAUGAAGAUAGUUUAACAGAUUGUGACAGCGACCACGAGUCUAGUUUAUCAAUGGGUGAAAGAUUUCAAGUGCCUAGUCUUGUCAAACUUGUCAUCAAUUUAUUUUCGAGCGAUUUCAAUAUAUUGGAAAGACUUAUGAGUAAAAAUUUAACAUCAAAAUAUGUAAAAACUAUGAAUUCUUCACCUUUAAAAAGAAAAGCUUAUGACACGAUAGAAAUGAGACAACAAAAUAAACAUUGCAAAAUUGAAAAUAAUUUAGAUUAUGAAUAUGGGUGCAGAUCAAUGCAAAAUAGUAACAACACAGAAAUUAAUAACUCGAUGAUGCAUAUCUCUGAAAAUGUUACAAUAUCACAUUGUUCUUUAACGCACGAAAAGCAAAGUGAUAUUGAUAGUGAAAUGAAAGAAUCCAGAAAUCAACCAAGUGAAGUAAAAGAUGACCUACAAAACAACGUGCAGGUUCAACAAGUUGCUUCCUUAUUGCGGAUAGCAAUGAAAAGUUUUCAAGUUAACUGUGAAAAUGAAGAUAUCGCCCGUAAAUCCAAGCAUAUAAUACAAACCCCAUCAACUUUGAACGAAGAUUUUUGUUUAAAUAAAGCCUUUGAAAAUAGUUCAAGAAGUGCUAUGGAUUUAAAAGUAAGCAAUGUACGGGAUGAAUGUAAUGUAGGAAGUGAUAAACCUGUAUCGGAAGGCAUAGGAUCUUUAAAACUAAUAGAAACAUGCUCUUUGCGUAUAUCAGAAGAUUCAAGACAUAUUGGAAUUAAUGAAAAAACUAGUUAUAUAGAAGAAGAUAGCACAAAAAAUAUCGAUAUUAGUACAAAUCAACAAAAUAACGAUUUAGUACCCAUAACUCCGUUAAAUGAUGGUAUCAUCAUUCACGCUACGUGUGAUAUCGAUGACAAAAACAAUAUUAAACCUUGCUUGAUUAUAACAAAUGCUCAACCCCUGUCACAGUCAAAAAUUGAAUUGGAAACUACAGGAAAAAUGUUUGAAAAUGACCUUAUGAUGGUCUCGGAAGUCAAAGAAAAUGACUGUUAUAAAAAUACUGAAAGUUCACCCCAAACAAAAGAUGAACACGAUUUCUUACAUAAUACGGUAACGCAAGCAUAUGAAACGAGAACAGAUAUAGCAAACGUAUCAAAAAAUGAACAAAAAAUUUACGAUGAAGUUAAUAAAACUAAAGAAUUUAAUGUACAUCACUUGGAUAAUACAGAAUGUUCAAUUUCGGCACUAAUCACAAAAAUUACAGAAACAGGGCCUGCUUUACAAUCCUACGAUAUAAAUGCAACUUCGACAGGACCUAAUCAUAGCCUAGAGAUUGAAAUUAAAACAGCCAAAGAUGAAGCAAUCACUAUGGUCUCUAAAGAAAAUACUGGAACACCUUUAAUAUUGGGCGAACCUAGUUUUAUAAAAAAUAUCACUGGUCAUAGUGAUGACUUAAAAAUAAACCCCGAAGUAAAAUUAGGAAUAGAUCACGCAUUAAAAUUGAUUGAGAAAGAGAAUGUUCACGACGAAGUUAAUGAAACUAAAGAAUGUAAUCCACAUGACUUGAAUAAUACAGAAAUCACAAAAUUAACAGAAAAAGAACCUGCUUUACAAUCAGAAUCAGAUAUCUACGAUGUAAAUGCAACUUCGAGAGAACCAACAAAACCCGAAAUAAAAUUAGGAAUAGAUCACGCAUUGAAAUUGGUUGAGAAAGAGAAAGUUCACGACCAAGUUAAAGGAACUAAAGAAUGUAAUGCACAUGACUUGGAUGAUACAGAUUGUUCAAUUACGGAAAAAAUCACAAAAUUAACAGAAACACGACCUGCUUUACAAUCAGAAUCAGAUGUCUACGAUGUCAAUGCAACUUCGAGAGAACCUAAUUAUAGCCUUGAGAUUGAAACUAAAACACCCGAAGAUGGAGCAAUCACUAUGGUCACUAAAGAAAAUACUGGAAUAUCUUCUAUUUUGGGCGAGCCUAGUUUUGCAAAAAAUUUCACUGGUGAUAGUGAUGAGUGUUAUGACAAUGCAAAACCUUGUUCAUUAUUAACGCUUUCGGACAAAGCUCAUUUAGAUUUACUUUCUUUAAAUAAGCUUACACCAGAUCUCGAGACCCAUGACGCAUUGAAACAGACUGAACAUGGUGACGUAUUUAAUUCUAAUAUAAAAACAGACAAUAUUUACGACUCCGAUGGUAAAAACAGUUCAGAGAUGAUAACAACCGAUGAUACUACACAAGUACAACAACAAAUAAAACUUGACGAAGUUCAAAAUGAUACAGUAUAUUUAAAAUGUAAAGCUAACACUGAAACCCAAGAAAACAAGAAAGAAGAUUUGAUUGUUACAAAUAUACCAACAGCAAAUCAAUUAACAAAAUUAUCUUAUUCAAACUGUAGAACUGAAUUCGAGGAUAAAUCACUUAUUGAUAAUGAAGUAAAACAAAGUGAAAUUUAUUUUGUAGACCAGUACGUUAACUUGAAAAAUGGUACAAAUUUUGCACAGGAUACUAAAUUAAUGGACAAGUUUAAGUACAAUACGAACGCAAUAACAAUAGAUGAAAAUAAAGUCGUUGACGCCAAAAUUUCAGAUAUUGAUACUUGCAGUGGCAAAAGAAAUGAUAAAGAGUCUUCGAACACCUGCGAAUAUACGCUUUUAAAUGACUAUAAAGUGAAAGAAAGCCAAAUUAAAAUGGAAGAUAAAAAUAAGCUUAUCAGUUCUUUGAAAGUAUCAGAAGAGAUGCUGGUAAAUAAUUCUGAAAUAAGAGAUAAUAAUACACACAUGGAUGAAUGGAGUACAUCACAGCAUAAAAUUGACUCUAAAACAUCAAAACUGGCGGAAAACAGCGUUGUUGAUGCCGAAAUUUUAGCUACUAAUAUUUGUAGUGGCAAAGAAAAUGAAAAAUGGUCUUCAGACACCUCCGUAGAUAUGGAUAUAGAUGAUUGUAAAAUUAAAGAAAGCUAUACAUAUGAUGACAACAAAUUGCAUGUACCAAUAAUAUGCCCAGAGAAUAAAUUAAACAUUAAUGGCGGAAUCAUAAAAGAGGAGAAGAACUUUAACAUUGUAAGAGAUGAGACAGUUAGUCUUGAGCCAAAAAAUAAAUUAGACACUGGCGUUAAAAUCGAUAAUAUCAUAAAGAAAGACACGAACUCCGAUGUAAUCGACAAUGAAAUAAAGCCAGAAACGGUUAGCCAUGAAACAAUUUAUAAAUUGAAAGAGAUCGAAGACAAUGUAGUAUCUGAUGCUACUGUUAAAGAAAAAAUAGUGUCCGCUACAAGCGAUAAAUGUUAUUUAGAAAAUAAAUCAAUUUUAACUGAAGCCUUGCCAUUAUUGCAACCAAUAUUCAACAGUCAAGAACGUUUACAAGUUGAUGAUCAAUCUAAACGUGAUGUAAUUUGCUUGACGGAAGAAUCACAAGAUAGAAUAUUAGAUAUAAUUGAACAGAAAGAAAAUAACAAAUAUGUUGAAGUUGACAGAAAGUCUUUAAACCCUCAUAUGAAAUACGAACUACAAGUAGAAGUACAUGUAGAAAGUACGUCAACGUCUUGUGACUUAAAUUCUCCAAUAACCAUGGAAAAGGACGUAAUAAAUUCCUCUGUAAAUUCAAAUCUUAGCUUACGUGACCAUAAUGAAGAUAUAUUUAAAAGUUGUGUUUCAAAAGAAAGUGAAUGCGUUAGUAGUGGAGAAACCACCAAUAAGCUUUCUAAACUAAAACAUAAUUUCAACUGUAGUGUUGUGUUGGAUGUCCUUCAACUUACAACACAUGCCAAAGUUUGUGGCAAUGAUAUUGGAGUUCAGAAAAAUGAAACUGACAGAGAUGGCAUCGUUUAUCAAUCCAAUGAAUUCACGCCACAUGACAUAAACAAUAUAAAUGAAAUUACAGGAAUAGAGAAAAAACCUACACAUACCGAAAAUCUGGUUUCUGUUAAAGAGAAAAUAAUAGAUAAUGAUAUCAGAUAUAGUGACAGUGUAUUUCAGACGGAUCAAGAUAUUAAUGAAAACUCUGAAUGUAUUUAUGUAAAUGACGAGAUCAAUUUAGAAAAGGAGUGCAAUGAAAGUAAAACUGAUGAAGUUAUGCUCGUAUAUAAAGGUGAUUCUAAUAUCAUAUUAAAGGGUUCUAUAUACGAAGAUCCAGUGGUCGGGACCUGUUAUGUGUUCCCCGUAGUAAACAGAACUUCGUUAACUGACGGCAUGAAUUGCAGCAAUGUUUGUGAUAGUAAAACAAUUAAUGUCAUAGAAAGUUUGAAGAGCAAUGUUUUUGAAGAAUGUAGUGAAUACGAUGUCUUGGAAGACGUACAAACGGUUGAAAAUUUAAAUGUGGUAUUACCAAAAUUAACGUAUUCAAGACAAAGGUUUGAAAAUAAUGAUUUCAUUACUACAGGCGAUAAGACAAAUAGAAAAAAUUUAAAACGGAAACUCAGUUGUUAUGAUAGUAAGUUUCAGGCAAAACGAUAUAGAAAAGGAAAAAAUAUUGACUACCCAAAAUUUUCCGUAGCAACUGUACUAGAGUCUGGAUAUAGUAAAGAGUAUAAGCGCCUUUUAGAUUAUUGGACUUCUAUAAAAUUUUCAUAUUCACGACCAUUUCAUAAAGAAGAUUUUGACAUUCCUAAUAUAUUGAACGGCUGGCCUAUCAAAGAGACUAAUAUGAACGUGUCAGAUAAUACAGACUUUGAAAAUAUUCUUUUCUCAGAAGAGCAGUCUGAUAAUAAAGUUCCUUUCGAUCCUUCGCAGCAAACUCUUGCACAAGAAAUAUCUCAAUGUAACGAGCAGCAAUACAUUAGCUAUGAUAUUAAUGAAACUAAUUUUAAUAUGGGUUUUGGUGAGGGGUCCGACAGAGUCAUACAAACAUCGGAAGAUGGAAAUAGUAUUUCAAAAAUUUCGGCUGCGACUCUGUCGGACGUAAAACAAUCUCAGCCGUUUUUAACGUCGAAGCAUUGCGAACAUUGGGGUAAAAAUCAAAUGCUACGGAUGUCUCAUAAACAUCAGAUAGAAAUUCUCAAACGUUCUAUCUCCUACAUUCAACUGAGAGAUAAAGUACGUUCAUUUUUCAAGAAGACAACAGCGGAAUUAAACUACCAUUGGCUUAUGGACACCAUGAAGAGCAAAUAUAAGAAUUCAUAUAAUAAUAGCAUAUUUCUUAAAAGUGGGUUUCCGUCUGAUCUCUUAAAUUCAGAUUUCAUCGAACCGGCUCCGGUUGAAACAAUAGUACAAGUUGUCCAGGUGGGCCAGUUACCUGUAAGUGCGGCAGCGCAAAACCCGGUGACGUGUGAUCCCCGCGUUACUCAGGUGACGGAUGCCAGCCCGCAGUGUUCAAUUGAAAAUAGCCCCCACGAUGACUCACAGUCUCCCAUCAAGACUGAAUAUACGGAGUUAACUACUGCAGAUCUCAGCUUACCGUUAGUCCAAGAAUAUGAUCGACAUAUGGAGUCACAAGAAUCUUCAAAAAUGACCAAUAGUCAUCAUGAAGACAUUCCAGUCGAGACUGAAAUGACGUCAAUAGUUAAAACAGAAAUCACGAUAGAAUUGUCACCACUAAAAGAAGAGCCAAUCGAUUACAACGAUAGCGAUGAUUUACAAUCACUUGUAAACAAACAUAUAAACAACGUUGACUAUUCAUUUGAUUCAAACGACAACAGUAUACUAGAACCGCAGUCAAAUACGGAUGUUUCUUAUGAAUCGUUAGAAAAUAAUGAGACCGACUUCUCACCACAAGAGAAACGACAAAAUGGUUCACCUGAAAAAACUGACCAAAUUGCUCAUGCAAUGAACGCUGCUGGUAUAACAACUACACCAGAUACAAUCAUGAAUACAAGAGCCCAUCCUUUAGUAAACAUUUUAUCUCAAAAAAAUUGUCAAGAGGGACCUGCUGCGUCUACUGCUUCGCCCGCAAAUAACUAUUCAAAGGCCCCUGUAAAUGCGAUGACAUUGCAACAAGCACUUGCACAAAUUUUGCCUCCACCACUAAACCAGACCAAUGUUCAUGAAAACAAUCAAACAAAUACGAGCUCCUCUGUAACUUCACAGGUUUUACAUAUUGUACAAGGCAAAAAUACAAAUGGCAACCAAAUCACCCUAGUAGAUAACUCUCAGAAUUCCGUAAUUAACAACUCUAAUACACCUGUGCUACAUAUAGUACAAAACAAAGGAGCAAGCACUAAUUCAACGUCCAAUGCGAAUUCAGGACAGCAUACAAAUUCUUACAGUGGACUGUCUUUAGUUGACACAGGAAUCCAACAGGGUAGUAAUCAGCUUCUUCAUAUUGUUAACACCGGGAACCAAAAGAAUAACCAGUUACUAAAAAGAGUGAACCUUUUGACGAAUCUUACUAAUGUCCAAGGAUCUAAUGAACAAAAAAUGGUACAAUUCGUUUGUAAAUCUGCAGAUGGAAAAUCUAUCCAUUUAAAUGCCCCACAUCAAAGAAGUAUGGUUUUGAGAUUACAACCAAUUGAAUCUCCAAAUAUUCAAGCCAACCAAAAAGCAGCAGAAUGUCAAGAUAAUACAAGUGCCAGUCCCUCGUCUAACACCAAUAGUAACACAACCACUAAUAAAGAAUCAACUAAUGCACAGCAUGAAAUAAAAUCCCGAUCUGUGUAUGAAGAAAACUAUGCAAAGUUUAUACAAAAUUCUUCCAACAAAUCUGUAGAAAAGUCUACUAGCUUACCAAAAUUUGGUCAAGCUUUUGGAAAACAGGUAUUUCAGGAUGGUAAUCAAAAGGGAAACGACAUAAAUGCGAACAAUUCUAAUCUGUCAUCCAUCAAUUCUAAUUCCGAAAGCUCUGAAUGUCAGCCCAAUGAUAAUUCGGUCAACCUAGAUCAUAUUGGACAAUUAAACAGCCCACCGUUGUUACUGAGAAAAUCACCGUCUCAGCCUGUUCAUUCGCAACCAUCACAGCCAAACUUAGUGCAGCAAAUAAAGCAGACCAUUGCCCCAAUGAACAUACAAACUAUGCACGGGGGUGUCAUUUACACACGGCAAAUACCCGUCAAUAUAGGAGGUGGUCAGACAAUCAACUUGAUAACGGUGCCUAGCACGGAACUCAUAGACGAGGCCAACCAAAAACAAAAAGGCGAUGUUAAGUUCGUCAAUCAAAACGAACUAGACUCGCCAAUCAUAAAAAUUGUGCCGCAGAAUCAAAGCACGCCAAACGCUGAAAGUACGCAUGAUGACACUAAUAACCACACGGGAAUGUCUAACGAGAGUGCGCACACAAACACACCAGCUCAACAUCAACCUGUCUUAACGCAAAUGCGAAUAAAAUUGCCGAUGCUGAGUAAAACUCCUCAAAUGGUAUCCGGCGCCAGGGUGGUACGACCAUCUUUCUUUCAAAUACAGCGCAAUGUCAUCGGCGGUGCCAAUCAACAUGUGUAUCAGCAAUUGGUUCUAACCGCAGCACCGCCGCUCGGCCAACAUACUAUUCGACUGCCACAAGCUCAGGCAAACAGACAAGUUACAAAAACUGCAGAUGGCCAAUCGACUUCCGAACCUCAAAUGAGUUCAUCAACACUCGAACAGCUGCGAGAAUUCGAUAUGGUAUUGGAGCAAGUGAAGGAAAGAAGUACCGUUCAACCCAACUCAAAUACAAAUAACACCUUUACUAAACUGCUGACUCCGACGACGGAAACAAACGAAGGCACAUCCGUGACGUCAACGGUGACUGAGUCUACACAACAAGUGCUGUACUCGAUCGGAUCCAACCAAUCAUUAAACGUAGCAUAUAUCAACAGGAAAACAGUUGCUACGACACCGACUACGUCAACUUUUGUUCGAUCACCCGAUUCCUCUGGGAUCAUAGAUUCACCUUCCUCUUCAUCGCACGUACAAAUUCCUCAUACUGUCACUAGUGAAUCGACAUUAAAUGAAGCGUCAGCGCAGCCGAGCCAACCGAAACCGGCGAAAGUCGGUUCCAAAUCCAAAUCGAGACCAAAAUCAUCUUCGAAUCCGCCAAGCUCAUUGAAAAUAAAUACAUUGCCUCCAAAACCCACUCAAAAACCACUCGAAGACGAACAGACUACUCAACGAAUACUUUAUAUACUAGCGGAAUAUAAAGAGCAAGUGGAAAACUCGCCUGAUAAAGAUAAACCAGCGCCGCGAAGGCGAUCCAAUCCUCCAACAAAUCCAUCAGGGUCCUCGAAACGUAAAAAGAGCUCCAGCGGUUCUAGGCGUCCCGGCGCUCGGGACAUGAGCCCGGUGCACGGCGAAGACACGUGCCGCACCAUGGGUUCCGAGGACAGCAGCUGCGGUACCUCCCAGGGCGACUGCAACGAGAGCUGCCUCGACAGCCAUUCGCCCCAGGACAGUCCACGCAAAGUCGUCAGAAAACUGACCUUCGAGAACGAGACCUCCCCCGUCGCCCAACCGCAGAGACCGCAGCCGCAGCGGAACGUUAUAGUCGCCGACGGUCAAACGAUAACCGUCGCGAGAGGAACGGCCGGGAAGCCUGCCACGGCAGUCUUGAUGCCGGCCAAUUACAUCUUGCCCGUGUCGAUGGUCAAAGGCGGCCAACAAAUUGCUAUAGUGACGAACCGUGGGCCGAAAUUGCUAACAGUCGGUGGCGGCGAGGGUGGUGCUACGAACGCGCUUCUGUUACAACGUCUGAUCGGACCGGCGGGUCUCAAGCCAGUGUUGACGCGGCCCGGAGUUCGCCACGUCCGUUUGCCGACAGCGGCCUUGCACAAUCUUCAAGCUUUUAACUUGACGACUGCGACGGCAGUCCAGCCGCCGGAUAGCACGGCUUCUCCAGCACCAGCGCCUACGCCUCCCGAGCUGAUAGAGACGAGGGCGAACAGUUCCCCGUGGACCGACCGAGAGUCGCAGGAUGUAAAACCCGAGCGAGACUCCAGCCCCGAAGGCUCCGAACCGUGGAAUCUACCAUCCUCGGCUGACCCGCACGACUACACCUACGAAGAAACUGUUCGGACCGACAACAUGGACAGAACUGUGCUUGAAGCGAUCCCCGAUCGAUACAGUCCCGAUAUGGAGGCGCAAAGGAUAUUUGAUAAGAUGUUCGACGUUGAGUCGAAAAAGUCGUACAUCGAUUCGCACGACGAUUCGUCCCGUUGCGCAUACGAUAUUGACGCGUCAGACUGCGACGAUAAGGUGUACCACCAGGUGGUUCAGAAAAAGGAUGGUACGUCGCAACGUCACCACAGACUAACGCACGUAUCGGCGGCAGCUCUGAGGCAUAAGUACGCUAUAUUGGAGCAUGAACUACGGUUGCAGGGUAGUGGCUAUUUCCAGAAAUCUCUAUCCGAGGAGUGCGAGGACCUCGGCGUGGACUCCCCGUCCGCCUCGGAGUUGUUUCCCGAGGCAGAGCUGCUGUUUGCCGCCUCGCCAGCACACGACCCUCCGCAGCAUUCACACACGCCUCAACCAACAAUCCUCAACCAAAGCGGCAUACCACAGCCAGAUAUAGAUGACCAGAUAGCAACAGACGAGUUGCUGCAACCAGACGUCCAUGAGGACCAGCAGGAAUUGGACGUGACCACCCUCGGACUGGAUGAAGGCAUAGUGACUGUGAGCGAAGACGGGAUGCAGGCUACCAUACAAUUGGAUCAGGAAGAGUUUGCCCGCUCCCAUCCCAACACUACCUUCCAUAGUGAGCCUACGGAUGAAGGAGAGGUGCAACCAUUUACAAUAUCAGGGCUGAAAGGUCGUCACAUCACAUCCACAAUAUUCCACGCCGGUCGAGCGCCCGCCACCGUGCUCGUUACAGCGCCCCAGACCACGGUCAUAUCACAGGCCAACCCCGACCAUGCAAUGCCGAAUAACGUCAAAUACGCCAACAUGGACCAAAUCAUCAACUCCUCCCCAGUAACUCACGGAAAUCUCAAUCUCUCAUCAGUGCUGGUCAAAGACGAUGGACUCACAAAAUUCGAUAAUAUAUUGACAGAUUCAAGAGAACUCCACCUCUCCAAUACGGCUUCGGCGAUCGUUCACGCGACGGGAAACGCUACGCAAGUAAUAAGACGAGUCUGCUACGAAGACGAUAAAAGGGACACGAGGUUCCUAAUGGACGAACCGGACGCAAUAAUCGCUGGUGAUGACGCCAAAAUGAUAGCCGAAGACAGUUCCCGAGAUGCGACCUUAGAAUCCAUCGCAGGGGAUGUGGACGAUGACAACUCUUCACCAGAGAGACACGCAGAGUUAUUCUGGGAGUCGAAUUCUGCUUCCGAGCGAUCUGAAAGCAGACGACCCAUGGAUUUUAGUAGCGACAGCGAAAAGUGUUGUAAAAGCCCUUCAUUUGACGAGACGAACUCCACAGAUUCCAGUGGAGUAGGAACCCAUAUGAGACUGGAUUCGGUGAUUAAAAACGCGAGGGGGAUCGAACGGAGCGGCAGUGCGGACGGAUCGUCGGCGGACGAUACGCAUCCACCGCUGCGUACGUACCCCGCGAAACGGAUGUAUCACGCUUUAGACGGAGAAGUGGAACGGAGCAUGUCCGGAAAAACUCGGGCAGGUGAAAGGUCCCCAGAUAGUUUGGAAGUUCGACGGCGGGCUUCGGGCCGCGGGGUCGUGAAACGAGGAUGCCACUGCUGCACUGGCUCCCCGGCUCCCCCGAGGCCGAAAAAGCCCCGACAGAGAAAGCCUGCCAUGGAUUUUACUAAUUAGAAGACGUAUAGUGAUUUUAUGGACUUAUAACGCGUCGCGGCGACUUAGGGUGAUCGCCCACCGCGACUUUUUGCAGCGAUACAGCCAGUAGCGAUGUGUCGCUAGACCGGCUUACCUUUACUCACGAUUCUGGCUAAACGUAAGCUGACACGCAGGCGAUGCAGCUCCGAGCAGGGCAGGGCAGAUUUUUAAUGCAUGAACGUACUUGUUGUACGUUGUAGUGCCUGCACAGAUGUCUGUGCGGCGCGUGCACGUCAACUCAGAAACUAUUCUUUGUACUAACUAGAAAGAUUCUGUGUCAGUUAGGGUGAGAUUUAUAGAGCGCACUUUGUCUUUACUUAGCCUUAAGGUUGCGUUAAAACGAGACAGAUUUAUGUGAGAGAUAUACAUCUGUCUCGUUUUAACUCUGUCUCAAAUCUAAGCAGAUUCAGAAUACGCUCUAUAGGAUCCUACCCUUAGCUGCGUCGCAGCAUAUGCUCGUAGCCCAUGUGUGCUCAACAGGGAUGAUGACUACUAGUCAAAUCAGCGACUUUUUAUCAAAUGUCAAAACGCUCGCUUAGUAAGGGAGCUUGAAUGAAAUUCACAGAUGUGACAUCCUAACAUUCGACGUAAUUUGACGUACUUCUUUAACUAAACCGAUAGUUAAAAUGGUUAGCUAUUAUAAAACUAGCAUAUCUCAUGUGGAUUUUAUCAAUUUUGGAAGACACUAAUUAAUAAUUACUAAGAAAUAAUUUAUUUUUGACGUAUGCAUCAUCCCCUGCCCUGCUCUGCAAAAUCUUUAGUGCUGUGCUACGCCACCAUCUCAGCAUACGCUUAGACGGUAUAUAUAGACGGUGCGUAAAGUCGCAGUGAGUGAUGUCCCUUACGUUCAUGUCGCCGCACCAGACUGACACCGAUCUCUUACUAUGAGGUCUCUCUAGUGUUUAAGUGAUGGUACAUUGUUAAAUCGUUUUGUAUAUAACAAUAAAUAACUUAGCUUCUGUUCGAAAGUAUUUUCUUUUUGUUGAUUUUUAGCUGUAAGUUUAUUGUCCUUUAAUAUCGUCUAUGUUAGGUUUCACAUAACGUCACCGGACAGUUCAAAUCUACAUUUUUUUUCAUUCUACGAAAUACAAGUAGUAUUUAGUAUUCCUUGAUGAUGUAUCUGUGGCUACUUUGUAUAUUUCAGAAGAGUUAAACGCCAUUUCUUAUUUCAAUUACUUGUAUUUCGUGAUUUAAUGGCGAUUUUUUUUUUUUUAGAAGAAGACACUUUGUUUAGUUGUUAGAUUUCGUGUAAUAUAUUCGUAUACAUACUGUAUUAAUAAUAUAUUAAUUGUAUAAAAGUGGGAUUUCAUAGGUUAAGCGCAGGUUAAGCGUUUCCGUUUAGACGAUACAAGCCAUACUCAAAUGUGAAUUUGUCCUAGAUUUAGAUGUAUGGUUAAAUCUAUAUCCCCUCAUAAUAAUGCUAGACUGAUAAAAGAGAGUUUUCCUUAGUGUAUUGCCGUUAGCUACGCCGAUGUUUUAUAUUUUAAUUUUCGAUACUGUGUACUAUAAUUACUAGAUUUAAUUGAAAUGGCAACUUCCAUGGGAACUGCACAAAUCGGACGUCGAACGGACGUCGAGCUUUAAACUUCGGCGGUUUAUUUUUCGAGAUUACGUUUUGAGAAACAAUCGGUGCCAAUGCGCCUUUUCAGUGCUUUUUUAACCGACUUCAAAAAGAGGAGGUUCUUUGCGUUAACGAAGAGCGAUGACGUGUCGCCGUAUAGUAUAGUAGAAUUUAUUAAGUUAGAGUGAUUUUAAAUAUCCAUAUUAAGGGUGUAAAUAACUAUGUCCCCCAAUAUCGUUACGGGGACUCUAGUCACUACGUACGGUUAUAGACUUGUGUAGAGUCGACGCGGUAUUAUCGGGGGCAUCCCCGAUUUUUAAGGCUUUAAGCCGCAAAUAAAUACAGUAUUCUGCCGCUUGUGUAUAUAAACUUAUAGACAUGGGGGGGAUUACCCCCAUUUUUCGAUGACAGAAUUUUCUCGUGGUACUUACGCGUAAUAAAUGUAUAUAAAAAUGUGGGAAGAGUUAGUGAAUUUAGUGAGCUCGAUCGUUCUCAAAACGGUCCUAUGUUAUAGUGAAUUGUAACAAAAUAUGUUUUGUGCGCUCGUAAUCGAGUGGGAUUCGGUAUAAACCAUAGUUCACGAUGUUACUUCAAGUAGUUGUAAGAUAGUGUUGUUAGGUAAAGUUCACACGCGCCUUUAGUCAGUUCUUCCUGUGGUUUUGUGACUACCCCCAUAUUCAUAAAAAAGUUCCGACGACUGAAAGAAGUUUAGAAUAUAUCUGGCGUUUGAUAAGACUGGGCGUAAGUUUCGCUUGUAGGUAUUUUAUUUGGCAAACGCGAGAAUCCAUAUGGGCAAAGAAAUUCGCUAAUUUGAAUGCAUUAACAGAAAAAUCAGGUUUGUCAUAGCGUAUAUGAAAAUUGUAAGUGGAUUUUAGUAAUUUGUCUAAAUAGGUGCAGGACUUGUAGGCUGUAAAUUUGAAUUUGAAAAGAUUGUCGAGGAGUUGUGUGAUGUGUUUGUAUACUAUCCCUAUAUUCUGUCGUUCUGAUGAACCUUGCAACAAAGACUUUCAUGUGUGAAGGUAUAUACAUAUUUUAUAACUCAAAAGGUUUGUGAAGAACCGACUAAAGGCAAACCGAUGCCCAAAUAUUCGGACGCGUGCUCCAUAAAUUUUUUUUGGAAAAUUUUGUGUAUAUUUUUCCCUCGGAAAGGACAAAAAAACUGUUUUUCUGCCGUUUCGUAAAAUUAAGAAUUCGAGUUUUUUAUAUUAUAUUCCCCGUAAGUAUGUUGUUAUUGUUCGAUAUUGUAGAUCGGUUUACCUGCGAUAUUAACUAUCAAACUACAAGUAUUGAGGGUUUGUUUUUGUUAUUUUUCACUUAGAGGUUAAAAUUUAUUAGUUGUAAAUGACUUGAUAAUAUUUAGGUUUCAUUUUUUUUUCUAUUUCACCCAAAAAGUGUUUUUGAGAUUAAUGAUUAUUGUGUAAACAUUACUUUUAAAAGUGCUACAAAAAUGAUCAUUAAAAACUUAUCUAUUAUAUAAUUCUUUUAUUUACAAAAACUUAAAUAGUUGUCAUUUCCAACACGUUAGGCCAAAGUGUUGGAAAAAGUACUCGCAAGAACCUCAAUAAGCUCAACGGUUGAGGAGCCGACUGAAUUCCGAAAGGUCGGCGGUUCAAACCCCACCCGUUGCACUAUUGUCGUACCUACUCCUAACACAGCUUUGCGCUUAGUUGGAUGGGAAAGGGGACUAUUAUCCAUGAUUGGCAUGGCUAAUAAUCUUU